AAUACUUCCGGUUGUGGGAGGAAAAUUUUACAAGUUGACACAGAGGACGUAUUUUGUAAAGAUUGCUAUCGUUUUCAGUCGUAUAUUUGGGAAAUGUCACGUCAGGCAUCAAGAGGAGGUGAUCCUAGAAAAGUGAAUGGAGAGUUAUUUACACUAACAUAUGGAGCACUUGUUGCUCAGCUGAUGAAAGAUUAUGAAAAUGAUGAUGAAGUCAACAAGCAGCUGGAAAAGAUGGGUUACAACAUCGGUGUUCGUCUCAUCGAAGAUUUCCUGGCUCGAGCCAACAUUGGAAGAUGCAGUGACUUCCGGGAAACAGCUGACAUAGUAGCAAGGGUAGCUUUCAAGAUGUACCUGGGCAUCCAGCCAGUUGUCAGCAACUGGAGUGCAGCAGGAGAUGAAUUCUCUCUGCUCAUUGAGAACAAUCCCUUGACGGAUUUCGUGGAACUACCAGAUGGACACAAUGCUCUCCACUACUCCAACCUACUCUCUGGGGUUCUCAAAGGAUCCCUCGAAAUGGUACAGAUGGACGUUGAUGUCCGGUUUGUCCAGGAUCAGCUAAAGGGAGAUAACAUCACUGAAAUCCGACUCAAGUUCAUUAAGCGACUAGAAGAUGCGAUACCUGCUGGUGAAGACUAGGAAUAUACACCUUUGUCAUGACUCACAGAUAUGUCUCCUGGCAGAGAGCAAAGGGUUAUUGCCACUGUGUCAGUAUGUGAUGGCAAGUUUUGCUCGCUGGAGACAAGUAUUCAAGUUGUGAAUAAUGCCUCCAUGGUUUUGAAUGCGGUUUCACACAGAUCAUCCACUCUGGAACAUAUUCAUAGCUACUUGUGGAAUUAAACUUUAGUGUAUGAAGUAGUGUAAAUACGUUUAACUAUUCCGCUAGUCAUAUUAGCAUUGCAAGUGUAAUAAUGGUGAAGGAGCAUCCUGCUGGGUAAAGUGUCUUCGUCACUCCUAGCCAAGGCUCUGAAGCCCAGUUUUAUUUUCUUCUUUAACAUUUCUUCAGGCUAUUUGGCCAGUUGAAGACAGACAUGCUAGGGAGUAUGGCUGUUCAAAUCCCGACAUAUGAGUGGUAAACCCUUGUGAAAACAAGGCUGUAGCACUUGUAGACUCCGUGAUGACAUUAUACAUAGGUAAUGAUAUCUUAUGACAUUCAACAGUUGUGGAUAUUUGUCCCAGCUUAUACUUUGCUACAUUUGGACCUGAAUGCAGCCUGUGAAAUUCACCCUAGUCUGCCAGUCUAGAGUCCAAAACCUGCACUGAGGACAAGUGAAAACACAAUGAUGGCGGUCCUUAUUGACUGCAUUUGAGGGCUAUACAUUUUAAAAAUUCUGAACCAGCUUUCAAUCCUUCAACUUUGCUUCAAGUUGGAACCAAAUAAGACUGGCAGAAAAUCUAGACAUGCUAAGCAGUAUAAUCUUUCUUAGGGCUCCAGAUAAGGGGCGUAUGUACGGA